UCCUGAGGUACCGGAGAAGAAAGAAAGAAAAUUAGUCUAGUCAACCGCCCACCGCAGUAGACUGGGGGUGAUGUUCCACCAUUCUGGAUUUACAACCAUUUCAAGGAUAUUUGUGCACAGAGAAGACAUUUUUGUAACAAACAAUGGAUCAAAACUUGUUCGGUGGAGUCCCCAGGUUCCUUACCCGCCCAAAGGCAUUCUCAGUGUGUGCAGGCAAGGAUGCCACACUCAGCUGCACUAUUGUGGGCAGCCCAACUCCACUGAUCACCUGGGAAAAGGAUAAGCUUAAGCUGACAUCUGGGGGACGCUUCAAGACCGUGGAGGAUGGAAAUGUGUACCGCCUAACCAUCUAUGAAUUAACACUGGAGGACAGUGGCCAAUUCAUGUGCCGGGCCAAAAACAGCAUUGGGGAAGCUUAUGCUGCUGUUACCCUCAAAGUGGCCCUGCCCUCAGAGAUGGCUCAGAGGGCCCCUGUUUUCAUAGUGAAGCCCACCUCGACACGUGUAGGUUUGGGAGGUGAUGUUGUUUUCCACUGCCGGGUCGCAGCUUACCCCGAGGCCAACUUUGAUUGGGAGAAAGAUGGACGCUACAUGGGGGAGACUAACCGUAUCAAGAUUGUUUCCGACAGUGACAGCAGCACCUUAAAGAUUCAAAGUGUGCGGAACCUUGACAGCGGUACCUACACCUGCAGGGCCCAGAACACUGUUGGCCGUUCUCACGCUGCAGCAGCUCUUGUUGUAGAGGCCCAAGAUUCCCACCACUUGGCUGCAGACAAGAACACCUCCCUCCUUUCUCACCUACAAAAGCGCAAGGAGGAAAUGAAGAAGGAUAUUUCUAUCUAUCGCACUGAAGAAAGCAGAUCCUCUCUUUCUUCCUCCACCACAACCAACAUUAAAGAUGGUUUGAAUUCUCAGAGUCUGGAAUAUGAGCUGAGGGCAUCUGCGCUGGCAAAGCUGCCCAAGGGUGUGUUCACCCGUACCUGCACAGUGACUGAAGGCAAACAUGCCAAACUUAGCUGCUUUGUGACAGGUCACCCUAAGCCCCACAUUAUCUGGAGGAAGGAUGGAACAAACAUCAGUGAGGGCCGCAGGCAUGUCAUUUAUGAGGACCAAGCUGAAAACUUCAUCCUUAAGAUCCUGUAUUGCAAGCAGAGUGAUAAUGGUCUCUACACCUGCAAUGCAACCAACAUGGCUGGGCAGACCUACAGUGCUGUGUUGGUAACAGUCAAAGAGCCUAAGGUGCCAUUCAGAAGGAAGCUGCAGGAUGUGGAGGUACAAGAGAAAACAUCAGCCACUCUGAUGUGUGAGGUUCCUGUUAGUUCCACCCUGGCCAACUGGUUCAUGGAGGAAACACGGCUGGAGCAAAACACCAAAUAUUACAUGGAACAGGAAGGCACUUUGCGUCGUCUCACCAUACAUAAUGUCACAACCAACGACGAUGGUGUCUAUAUCUGCGAGAUGAAAGAGGGCAGUCGCACUGUGGCUGAGCUCACUGUCCUAGGCAACAUUACUAAGAAGCUUCCCCGGAGGACAGUAGUUCCUGUCAGUGACACUGUCAUCUUCUGUGUGGAGCUGGAGCAUCCCUUCCCAGAUGUUUACUGGACCCGCAAUGGCGAGAAGCUGAAGGAAGAUUCCCGUAUUUCGAUUGGCUGCGUGCUCAGACAGUACACACUCACAAUUAGAGAUUGCCAGACAGAUGACUCAGGAGAAGUGGCCUUUGUGGCUGGAGACUGCAAGACGUCCACUCGAUUCUCUGUCACUGCCGCAAGGAAGCAUCCUCCCGAUCCCCCAGUCGAUGCUGUGGUAAAGAACAAGACUGACUCAUCCAUCACCAUUCAGUGGUCUCCUCCUGACAGCGACCGCCCUGUGCCCAUCCAGGGCUACAUUGUGGAGAGAAGGAAGAUUGGCACUCAGACAUGGCAGAGGUGCAAUGCCGAAGCAACCAUAGUUUCAACAGAGAUCACUGUCUGCAACUUCACAGAAGAAUCCACAUACCAGUUCCGUAUCUCUGCUAUGAAUGCCUUUGGCCAGAGUCCCUACCUGGAGGUGCCUGGAAGCUUCUACCUCGAACCCAGAGCUGAAAUCAGGAAGGGCCUAAUGAACAGUGCUGCAAUCGCUGGUGAGGAGUUCUCUAUCUCCGUGGAGCUGUCUGCCGUUUGUUCCGGCUUCUGGUCUCUAAACGGCCACCAUCUUCGCAGUGGAGCCGACUACCUCAUCACCAGAUCCAAGAACACGCACACUCUGCUCAUUCGUGUAGUGACCAUGGAAAUGAACGGAGCUGAGGUCAAGUUUGUGGGUGGAGGCUCGCAAAGUAGUUGCAUUCUAUCUGUCAAGGCUCCUUCUGUUAGGUUCACCAACAAGUCAGAUCUGCCUGAGGUGGUGAUCUGCAGUGCCCAAGCCGCUGCUCAGCUGACUGCUGAGGUGUCAGAUUACAAUGCACAGGUGGUGUGGAUGAGGAGUGGGCGGGAGGUGAAAAUAGGAAAGAAGUAUGAACAUAUGAUCAUUGACCGCAAGAGGAUCCUUAUUGUACACAACGUUACAGAGGAAGAUGUGGGCAUCUACGAGUGUGUUUUAGGCGAUGACAGAAUGUCCCUGCAACUCACUCUUAAAGAUGAACCUGCCAAGUUUCUAAAUAAAGCCAGAGGUACCAUGGGAAUGUCAUCUUCCCUUAAAGGAGAUCUUGAGCUGAGCUGUGAGGUAUCUCCUGCCAGCGCAGUCGUUGUGUGGAGAAGAGAUCAAGUGGAGAUCACUGAGGAUGAAAGAACUGCCUUCAUCUCCAAAGGGACUCAAAGGAAACUCAUCAUCAAGAAUGCCAAGAAAAGUGACGAAGGACAUUAUUCCUGUGAGACAGCAGCAGACAAAGUCACAUUUCAGGUCAAGAUAAAAGAAACUCAAGCCGUUGCUGCCUUCUCAAACAAAGAGUCAGUCCAGAAGGAGGUGAAAGCUACUCUCUCCCAGAAAGCCACUCUUAGUUGCAAUGUUUCAGAUAGCAAGACAGAGGUGAAAUGGUAUAAAGACGGAAAGUUGUUGAUUUCCAGUAGGACAACAUACUCAGAAGUAAAAGACAGUACUCGUCAGCUAGUGAUUGAAAAAGUGGAGAAGAGCGAUGCUGGAGAGUAUACGUGCGAAGCCGGAGGGGAUAAGCUGGUCUUCAAGAUAUUUGUGUCAGAGGUCCAGUCAGCUUUCUUCAACAAGGAAUCUGUCCAGCGGGAGGUAAAAGCCACUCUCUCCCAGAAGGCCACUCUGAGUUGUGAGGUAACUGAUUCAAAGACAGAUGUGAAAUGGUACAAGGAUGGCAAGCUGCUGACUACUAGCAAGACAAUCCAUACUGAGUCCAAAGGCAAGAGUCGUCAGCUGGUGAUUGAAAGCUUAGAGAAAAAGGAUGCUGGAGAAUACAUCUGUGAAGCUGGGAAUGAGAAGUUGGCUUUCACUUUGCAUGUGGCAGAGGCCCAGUCAGCCUUUUCCAAAAAGGAGCCAGUCCAGAGUGAGGUGAAAGCCACUCUCUCCAAGAAAGCCAUUAUGAGUUGCGACGUUUCGGAUUCCAAGACAGAGGUGAAAUGGUACAAGGAUGGCAAGCUACUGACUUUCAGUAAGACAAUACACACAGAGUCUAAGGGUAAAAGUCGCCAGCUGGUGAUAGACAGCGUGGAGAAGAAGGAUGUUGGGGAAUACAUCUGUGAGGCUGGGACUGAGAAGCUGGUCUUCAAACUCCAGGUGGCAGACACGCAGGUCCAGUCUGCAGUCUCUAACAAAGUGUCUGUCCAGAAGGAGGUGAAAGCUACUCUCUGCCAGAAAGCCACUCUGAGCUGGGAGAUAUCUGAUACCAAGACAGAGGUGAAAUGGUACAAGGAUGGCAAACUGCUGGGCAUCAGUAAGGCCAUCCAUGCAGAGUCAAAGGGCAAGAGUCGUGUGCUGGUGAUUGACAGUGUGGACAAGAAGGAUGCUGGAGAGUACAUAUGUGAGGCUGGAACAGAGAAGCAGGUCUUUAAAAUACUUGUGGAAGAUACUUCUACAGAAGUCCAGGCUAAAUCCGCUUUCCUCAACAAAGAGUCUGUCCAGAGGGAUGUGAAAUCUAUUCUCUCCCAGAAAGCCAUCCUGAGCUGUGAGGUAGUUGAUAACAAGACAGAGGUAAAAUGGUACAAGGACGGCAAACUGCUGAGUCCCAACAGAGCAGUUCACGUGGAAUCAAAGGGCAAGAUUCGUCAACUGGUGAUUGACGGCGUAGAGAAGAAAGAUGCAGGAGAAUACAUCUGUGAAGUUGGAACUGAAAAACUGGCAUUUAAAGUACAUGUGACAGAGAUCCAACCCAAGUCAGUAUUCUCCAACAUGGAAUCAGUCCAGAGGGAGGUGAAAGCCACUUUCUCCCAGAAAGCCACUCUGAGUUGUGAGGUAGCUGAUACCAAAACAGAGGUGAAAUGGUACAAAGAUGGCAAACUGCUGACUUCCAGUGAGACGAUCCAUGUAGAGUCAAAAGGCAAGAGUCGUCAGCUAUUGAUUGACAGUGUGGAAAAGAAGGACGCUGGAGAAUACAUCUGUGAGGCUGGAACUGAGACGUUAUCUUUUAAGAUACAUGUGGCAGAAGCCCCAGCUGUCUUCUCUAACAAGGAGUCAGUCCAGAAGGAGGUGAAAGCCAUUCUCUCCCAGAAAGCCACUCUGAGCUGUGAGGUUUCUGAUUCUAAGACUGAGGUGAAAUGGUACAAGGAUGGCAAGCUGCUGACUUUCAGCAAAGCAGUCCACAUGGAGUCAAAAGGCAAGAGUCGUGAGCUGGUGAUAGAAAAAAUGGAGAAAAAAGAUGCUGGAGAAUACAUAUGUGAGGCUGGAACCGAAAAGCUGUUAUUUAAGCUGCAGAUGAAAGAGGCAGCUGUCAGGUUCCAGAAUAAACUUGUCAAGGACACAUACGUUGUUCAAGCAAGUGAAAAAGUUGUUUUGACCACCGAGCUGACCACCGAGAGCGGUAGUGUGAAGUGGUUUAGAGAUGGUGUGGAGCUCAAGGAGGGCAGCAAGUAUGAAAUGAAAAAAGAUGGCCUUUCUCGUACCCUGAUAGUAAAAUCCACCGAAUCCAAAGACAGUGGAACAUACUCCUGUAAAACUGCCGAUGACAAACUGGAGUUCAAUGUUCAAGUUAAAGAUUCAGCUUUGAAGUUUGUUGUCCCUUUGAAACCUACUACAGUGGAGUUGGAAGGUACACUUAGCCUGAUGUGUGAACUAAAUCAAACUUUAGGGGAUGUUGUCUGGCAUCAUGAUGGCUGCGAAAUCAAACCUGGAGGCAGGCACUGUGUCAGGACAGACGGGGCUAAGCGUGUUCUCACUGUGACGGGCAUGACUAAAGAAGAUGAAGGAGAAUACAGCUGUGAAUGUAGAAAUGACAAGACCUCUGCUAAAAUCAUCUCAAAAGCACCCAGACUGGUGAGGCUAACCACCAAACUGAACAAUGUGGCUGCAAUGGAGGGAAAAGACGCCAUUUUCAAGUGCGCUGUCAACCCAGCGGAAAAUGUUAAAUGGUUCCACAACAAUCUACCCGUAACUGCUGGGCCCAAGUAUAAGAUUGAGCAUGGUGGCAGCAGUUACUCCCUCACCAUCACCUCUGUCACCCAAAAAGAUGCUGGAGAAAUAAUGGUUGAUGCAGAAGGCAAAAGCUGCAAAGCUACUCUACAAGUGCAGCAUGAACCUGUGACAUUUAAGAAGAAGCUAGAAAACCUGACAGUGGAGGAGCAGAGUGAAGUAAAACUGGAAGUGGAGCUCAGUAAGCCAUCUGGAGAAGUGAAGUGGAUGAAGAACAGCAUAGUGCUGCAGCCUGUAGGAAACAUGGAGAUUCGGGUAGACGGAACUAAGCAGGCUCUGAUAUUUAAGAGUGUGACUCAUGCUGACCGGGGCAUCUACUCCUGUGAAUCUCUGGAUGACAAAACCCAGGCCAAACUCAAUGUGGAGAUGAAGAAGAUCAAAGUAGUUAAGGGUCUAAAAGAUACCAAGGCACAUGAAACAGAAACGGUAACUCUUGAGGUAGAGCUCAGCCAGGCUGAUGUUGAAGGCUCCUGGACCAGGGAUGGGGCCAAGUUAAAGUCAGGGGCAAACUGCCGUAUCACAGCCCUGGGAAAGAAACACGCCUUAACGUUGUCCAAUCUCAAGAGAGAGGAUGCAGGAACUAUUGCCUUCCAAGCAGAAGGAGUGCAUAAUUCUGGCAAACUGAUUGUUACAGAACCUCCUUCUAUGAUCUCCAAGCCAAUUAUGGAUAGCAGUGUUCCUGAGAAGGAGAAGGUUACUUUUGAAUGUGAAGUGUCCAGAACCAAUGCAGAUGUUAAAUGGUUCAAGGAUGAUGUGGAACUGAAACCAGGGAAGAACUUUGGCAUCCAUGCCUUGGGCCGAAAGCGCACUUUGGUCAUCAACAAAUGUACACCUGAAGAUGCAGGCACUUACAUCUGUCGCACUACUGAUGAUAACACCUCUGCUAAGCUCACCGUUGUUGCCAGAGAUAUUAAGAUUGUUAAGAAGCUGGAGGAUGUGGAAGUGAUGGAGAAGGAGAGUGCUGCAUUUGUCUGUGAAAUCUCACAUGAUGACGUGGACUGCCAGUGGUAUAAAGGAAGUAUCAAACUCAAAGUCGGUGACAACAUCAAGAUGAGACAAGAGGGCAGAACCUAUGUACUGCUGUUUAAGUCUGUCACCCCAGAAGAUAUGGGGGAGAUUAAAUUCACAGCUGACAAGGCCUCAUCAACUGCAAAACUUAAAGUGAAAGAGCUGCCUGUCAAGAUUGUGAAGAGACUCAGGGAUAAGAUAGCGAUGUAUAAGCAUCGUGGUCAUCUUGAAUGCCAAGUGUCACGUGCCAGUGCAAAUGUGAAGUGGUACAAGAACAAGAUGGAGAUCCAACACGGCAAGAAAUACGAGAUCAAAAGUGAAGAUGUCUACCGAAAACUCACCAUCAAUGAUGUGGACUCUGGGGAUGAAGACACCUAUACCUGUGACGGCACUGAUGACAAGACAUCCUGUAAACUACUUGUGGAAGAGCAGUCCAUCAGCAUUGUCCGGGAGCUUAGUUCAGUAGAAGUGACAGAACCCUUUGCAGCUGUUUUUGAAGUUGAAAUCAGUAUGGAACUGGUGAAACCUCCUAUAUGGACUCUAAAUGGAGUUGCAGUGCAGGAAAGUGCUGAUAUUGAAAUGGAAAAAGAGGGCACUCUUCACCGUCUCACUUUUAAAAAGACCAAGGCACCAAUGACCGGACCUGUGCAGUUUACAGCUGGGAAGAGCAAAUCUUUAGCCCAGCUCACAGUCAAAGAGCGUCCACUUGAGAUUGCAGAGCCCAUCAAAGAUGUGAAGGCAAAGGAGAAAAGCUCUGCCAUACUUACCUGCAAAUUCUCUGCCUCACCCAAAGAGGUCAAGUGGUUGAAAGGGUCGGUACCUCUAGCAGCGUCAGACAAGUAUAACAUUAAGCAAGAUGCUACAAGGGCUCAACUUACCAUUCAAAAGUUGACUGAGGAAGACAGUGGAGUGUACCGCUGUCAGUCUGGACCUGCUGAGACCAAAGGGACACUUACCGUUGAAGUGCGUGACAUUAAAAUCACCAAGCACUUGGCUGACACAGAGGUUGAUGAAGACAGCGAUGCAGUGUUCUCAUGCGAGAUUAACUAUGCAGAUGAAGAGGCACAGUGGUUUCUAAAUGACAAGGUGCUCUUCACCAAUGAAGUCAACACCAUUACUCAUGAAGAGAAGGUUCACAAGCUCACACUGAGGAACUUGGCACCUCAGGAUGGGGGGACCAUCACCUUUCAAGUCCGCAAGGUGAAAGAAGCUGUGACACUUAAAGUUAAAGAGAAGCGUGCUGUGUUCCUCAAGUCUUUAGAUGAUGUCAUUGGAGAGGAGAAAGGCAUGAUAACUCUGGCAUGCGAGGCGUCAAAGCCCAGGGUUUCUCCAAUAUGGAGAAAAGAAGGUAAAGUCUUGAAGGCUGGAUCAAAGUAUGAGCUCCUUCACACAGGCAAGUCUUUGGGACUGAUCAUCAAGGACAUCACCAAAGAAGAUGCUGGAGAGUAUAGUUGUGAUCUUGGAACUGAGGUUUCUAAAGCAAAGGUCACUGUGAGAGAGUUAGGCAUUGGAAUUACCAAGUGGCUGAAGCCAGCUGAGGUGAAUGAGGGAGAGACUUGUAGCUUUGAGUGCAUCUUAUCUCGGGAGAGCACCGAUGAGUGUUCCUGGACUCUUAAUGGCCAAACUAUCUCAAAUAAAAGCCGCUUCAAAGCCACCAGUAAAGGACGCAGGUACAUGCUAACCAUUAGUGAUGUCACCCCUGCUGAUGCUGGAGAAGUGGUCUUUAAUAUUAAGGAUCUGAGCUCCAAAACAACAUUAACAGUUGAAGGCAAAGCUUCAUCUGUGUCUAAAGGACUACAGAAUGUUAGUGCUGUUCAAGAUGAAGAUGCUGUAUUUACCUGUGAGGUAACACAGGCUAGUUCCACUGUAAGGUGGGCCAAGGAAGGCAGAGCCAUCAAAAAGAGCCACAAGUAUGACAUUAGCCAAGAGGACAAAGUCAUGAAGCUGACCAUCCAUAAUGUCUCUGCUCAAGACUCCGGAGAGUACAGUUGUGAAGUUGUUGGAGGUGCAACCACUAAAGCCAAGCUGGAAAUUAGGGAGCCAAUCCAUCAAUUUACUAAAGCACUUAUUGACAGCCAAGCUGAGGAGAGGAGCUCUGUGGCCUUGCUAUGUGAGACUGCACAAACCCCAUCCACUGUGAUAUGGCUUAAAGGUCACACAGAGCUCAAGGCUGGAGGUCGAUAUGAGAUGUCCCAGAAGAAGGGGGUCCUAACCCUCACCAUCAAAGACCUGGAGGAGAAAGACACUGAUAUCUACACGUGUGACGUGGGCACUGCCAAGAGCAUGGCAAAGGUGACAGUCAAUGCCCUGCCUGCCAGUUUUAAAGAGAAGCUCAAGAACCAGGAGAAAAAGCAAGGGGAGACUGUGACACUUUGCUGUAAGUUAUCAAAACCUGUAGACUGCGUUCAGUGGAAGAAAGGCUCUGAAAUUCUCAAAGCUGGAGAGAAGUAUGAGAUGAACCUACAGGAAACAUCUUGUGAGCUUCAGAUUAAGAAUUUGGAGGUUGAAGAUAGUGGAGAGUAUUCUUGCAUGUGCGUGGACCAGAAGACAUCUGCAACUGUGAAAGUCAAUGCAUUACCGCCGACCUACAUACAGAAGCUGGAGAGCCAGGAGGUUGAGGAGGGAGCAAGUGUUACUCUGCAUUGUGAGCUCUCUAAACCUGGAGUUGCUGUAGAGUGGAAGAAGGGAACACAGGUCCUGAAGUAUGGAGAAAAGUACCAGAUGAAGCAGAACGCCUCUGUAAAUGAACUCCUGAUCAACAAAGUGGUGCCAGAAGACAGUGGAGACUAUAGCUGUGUAUGUGGAGAUCAGAAGACCACAGCCAGCCUUUCCAUUAAGGCCCAACCAGUGACGUUCAAACAGAAGCUGGAGAGCCAGGAGGUUGAAGAGGGAGCAAUUGUUACUCUGCAUUGUGAGCUUUCUAAGCCUGGAGUCCCUGUUGAAUGGAAGAAGGGAACACAGGUCCUGAAGUCUGGAGAAAAGUACCAGAUGAAGCAGAACGCCUUUGUGAAUGAACUCCUGAUCAACAAAACGGUGCCAGAAGACAGUGGAGACUACAGCUGUGUAUGUGGAGAUCAGAAGACCACAGCCAGCCUUUCCAUUAAGGCUGUAAAGCUGUCAGCUCCUCCUUCAGCUACUAAACUGGAAUCUAAGAGGCAGGAAACCAAAGAAACAAUGGAAGCCAAGAGGCCUGAAGUUCUGUUCAUAGCUGAUAAAGACAAGCACAAGAGGAAAGAGAUAUAUGACACUGUAGAAGCUAUGAAAGUGCCAAGUACUGGACAGACUCCUCAACAGCAGCUUCUUGUACAAGAGAUUCAGAGAGAUUCACGAGAACUUGAAGUGGGAGCUGAAGUUGAAAACACUGCUGCUGGAGUAGCUGCAAAAGACAGUACACAGAGGCAGGGGACCAAAGAGCCAAUAGCAGCACUGAAGUCGCCAGAUGCUCCAGUAGCUGUGACAUUACUAUCUAAGGAUUCCAAAGAAGUGGUGGAAGUUACAGCAGAUAUGUCAACCACAGUAGUGACCUUCAAAGUUGAACCUGAGAAGCCGGAAUCCCAAGUUGAAGCCCAGCCUGUCCUUUUCAAAACCCAGCUGCAGAACCUUAAGAGACAGGAAGGGGAGAGCGCUAGUCUUCGCUGUGAGACCACAAAGCCAGGGGCAAAUGUUGUCUGGAGGUGUGGUGACAGGGUGCUGGCUUCCAGCAGCAAGUAUCACCUGAAACAGGAAGCAACUGUAGUUGAGCUUGUCAUCUAUAAACUGCAGGGCGCUGACUCAGGAGAAUACUCCUGUGAUACAGGCAACCAGAGGACUUCUGCCGUCCUCACUGUGCAAGAGGUCGAGGUUAAAAUACUGAAAUUCUUGGAGAGCUGCGUUGUAUACGAGGGUGAAGAUGUCCACUUUGAAUGCCGCGUUUCUCAUGAGAAGGCACCUCUAGCCCAGUGGAAACUCCAGGAUGUCCCACUACAGAACAAUGAAAUGAACCUGAUCAAGUCUGAGGGCCAGGUACACAGCCUCACACUCAGAGGCGUCACUAGAGCUGACUCAGGAACAGUCACUUUCACAGUGGGUAACCACACUUCCACUGCUUCUCUGACAGUCAGAGCCGCCCCUGUCCUAUUCAAAAAGGAGCUGGAAAGUCAAGAAGCCACUGAAGGAGACAAGGCCACCCUGUCCUGCGAGACAUCCAGUCCUGACUGCAAGGUGACCUGGCUGAAGGGCUCAACUGUGCUCACCCAUGGGGGGAAGUACAGUAUGGAGAAGAGAGAUGUCACUCACAUCCUGGUUGUUCACAAUCUGGAUGUGAAGGAUAGUGGAGAAUAUACCUGUGACACAGGGGACAAGAAAAGUACAGCUACCCUGACUGUGAAAGAGCAUGUGCGCUUCAUCCGAGAACUCUGCGAUAUCACUGUGACCACUGGGCAGGAUGCUGUCUUUGAGGUUGAGUUGUCACAUUCAGGCGUGACAAAUGGGGAAUGGUGGCUUGGAGACAACCUCCUCCAGAAUAAUGAUCUAAAUCAAAUGAGCAGCCAGGGCAGAGUGCACCGUUUGACCCUGAAGAUGGUGACCACAGAUGAAUCAGGGGAUGUUGCCUUUGUGGUGGGAGAAGAGAAGAGUGUGGCUUGUCUUCUGGUGGAGGAAAAACCCAAAGUGUUAAUACUUGAGAAGCCACACAACACUGUGGCAGUAGAGGGUGAAACUGUCACUCUGGCCUGCACCAUCUCUGAUGCCAAAGCCACAGUCACCUGGUUCAAAAACAAAGCGGCCAUCCAAGCGGGUCUUAAGUAUGAACUGAAGAACAACGGAGCAUUCCACCAGCUUCGUAUCCACAACCUGGUGCCUGAGGACUCAGGAGCAUACACCUGUGACACAGGAGAUGCACAGUGUGACGUCACCUUGACUGUGAAAGGUGCCCCAGUGUUUUUCCGCAAAGAGCUCAAGAACCUGGACACCGUAGAGGGGGAUGAUGUUACCCUAUGCUGCGAGCUUUCUAAGACAGGUGUUUGUGUCGAGUGGAGGAAAGGAGGCGUUGUCCUCCAGCCCAGUAAGAAGUGUGAGAUGAGGCAGGAGGGGUGCAUUCGAGAGCUCUGUAUUCGGAACCUGGAGCCUGAGGACAGUGGCUACUAUACCUGUGAUGCAGGAGACCAACUGACCACAGCUUCUUUGGCAGUGCAAGUGAAAGAAGUCUUCAUUGUCUGUGGUCUUAAGACCAUCGACGUCUUUGUUGGGGAAUGGGCAACCUUCUCUUGCCAACUGUCUGGUAGGGCACCUGGCAAGGUGCAGUGGUGGCUGGAUGGCACCUUGCUGGAGAACAGCCCCUUUAGUGAAUAUGGGCUGAGCCACGGCCACAUCCACACACUCACCUUAAAGAACCUGGCCACAGAUGAUUCUGGCAUUGUUACGUUCAAAGCUGGCAGUAUAACAUCAACAGCCAAGCUCUUAGUCAAAGAUCCCACAGUUGAAGUGGUGAGCAAGAUGGAGGACCUUCGGGUGCUUGAAAACCAACCAGCUGAGUUCAUCUGCCAGUUCUCUAGGCCAGUCAAGGCUCAAUGGAAGAAAAAUGGGCAGCCAUUGCAGCCUGAUGGCCGAAGGGUGGUAGUGGAGCAGGACUGGAAUGUGGCUCGCUUGUACAUUAGUCGUGUGUCCGCUGAGGACAGGGGCACUUACUCCUGUGAGACAGAGGGGACCUGUGCGGUCGCUUCACUUUAUGUGGAAGGCAAACCGAUUAACAUUGUCCAGGGCUUGGAGAAUGUAGAAACCUUUGAUGGAGGAGAAGCGCUGUUUGAGUGUGCCCUCUCUCGUCCUGAGAGCAAAGAUUGCCACUGGUUCCUUGAUGGAAAACCAGUGAAGGAAUCCCCUAAUGCUGAGAUUGUGACAUUUGAGAGCGGUCGUCGUCAUCUGCUCCUGCUGAAAGAGUUGCGAGUGAAAGACAGUUGCACAGUUACCCUCAAAGCUGGCACAGCUUCCACAUCUGCCCAACUCUCUGUCAAAGGCUGGCAGCUGGAUGUUGUGAAGGGCCUUGAGGACAAGGUGGCUGCAGUGGGAGAGAAGGUUGAGUUUUGUGUUGAGCUCACCGAGCCUGUCCCUUCAGCAGAAGUAGCCUGGUAUGCUAAUGGAGUGGAGAUUAAGUCCAGUGACCUCUGGGCUAUGAGGGCUGACGGCUGUUCUUAUCGCCUUGUCCUGAGACAGGCCCCUCUUUUGCCUCAGCAGGAAAUUACAUUUGCUGCUAGAGAUGCUCUCUCAUUGGCCAAGCUCACGAUCAUCACUGUACCUGAUCCUCCCGAGGACCCAGAGGUCCUCAGUAAGACAGACAAGUCUGUCACCCUCUCUUGGUUCACUCCUCUACAUGAUGGAGGGAGUCCCAUUCUGGGCUACAGGGUGGAGAUGCGGCUGGUAGACAGUGUGCUCUAUCUUCCAUGUCAUUCUGAACCUGUGUGCAACACAGAGUUUGUGGUUGAAAAUCUUAUCCCAGGGAGUGGCUACAGGUUUAGAGUGGCAGCCCUCAACAGAGCUGGAAUUGGAGAACCUGUUGAGUUGCCCCAGACUGUGCAGCUUGAGGCACCCAUUCAGCCACUGAUUUGCCCAGGUAUAGAGGCAAAACAGGUUGAGAAUACGAUGAUGGGGCAACCCAGUCUGCCUCCAGAAGCUGCUGAAGAAGGUGAUGUCCACGAGCUAUGGGAGGAAUCGGCCAAGAAACGGCGCAUGAGUCGAGAACCCACUUUGGACUCCAUUACUGAACAACCUGAGGAAGACGGUAAAAGUGGUAAAAAAAAAUCAGGACAGAAAGAGCUGAAGGCCUCAGAGAAAGUAGAGAUAAAAUCACUAGAGGAGCAGGCCAUUGCAUCUAAGAAGCAGACAGAGUCUAAAUUGUACACCAGCUCUGAGGAUGAGUCAGUUCCUGGGGGUUCAACGCUUGUCUCCUACCUCAAGAAGAGCAGCGUUUCUACUGUUACAGCAACCAGUGAGGCAGAAACUCUGACUACUGAGAGGUUCUUUGCACAUUUCCAGACGACAGAGCAGAAAACAGUGCAGCAGGCUAAAGUGGAAACAACCACAAUUCAGCAGACAGAUGCAAAACAGGUGUGUACAGGGGAGAGUAACAUCAUGGAGAUCAGUAAAGAGGAUGAGCCUGAGCUCAGAGAUGCUGCCAUUAAGAUUCAAGCUGCCUUCAAGGGCUUCAAAGCCCGCAGGGACAUGCGCCCUGUCUUUAAAGAGGUCUUUAAAGACCAGACCAAAGAACCUAAUGACACCAUACAUCUAGAAUGUGUUGUAGAAGGUAAACCUGAAAAGGUGCGGUGGUUAAAGGAUGGAGAACCACUGACCGAUGGCAAGCACCACCAUAUUGAUAUCUACAAUGACGGUAAUUGCUCACUGGUCAUCCCUGCCAUCACCACAAAGGACACUGGGGUUUACAUUUGUGAGGUCACCAACAAGUUUGGAGUUACUUCUCAUAGUGGUAAGGUCACAGUAGGAACGGCAAGAGAAUCAUCUGGGCGACGGCCACUGACCGUGGGCUACAGUGCCGACAGCGAGCCUGAUAGCUCCUCAGGAAGUGAGAUGGAUGAGUCACUAAGGCAGGCAAGCAGACGUCUCCGGCGCCUGUUGCGCACACGCCUCCCACCAGAUGUUGAGGAAGAACCAUUUCUCAGCGCAGAUGAGGGAGACCUUGGUCCUCCAGAUCCUCACUCUUAUCGGGAGGACGACAGUUUCAUCUACAUUCGCUUUGACUCAAAGGCAGAGGCUGAGGUUGCCUCAAAGAGGUUCCAGGAGAUGUUUACAAUCAGUGGGGUUCCUGUGGAGACCACAAUCCUGGACGCAGGGCCCCUCAAAGUGGAGCUACGAAUUAGAAAGAUGGGCUACACGCAAGAUGGUACACAGACCCCCACACAAGAUAGACAGCCUCCUGCCUUUAUGGCUGGAUCCCCCGCUGCCCCAGUUUUCUUGACAGAGCUACAAAGUCAGGAUGUUCCAGACGGUUAUCCAGUCAGCUUUGACUGUGUUGUGAUUGGCAAGCCCCCUCCAACCAUUCGCUGGUAUAAGGAUGGAAAAUUGCUGGAGGAGAAUGACCAUUACAUGAUCAAUGAAGACCAGGAGGGCUGCCACCAACUCAUCAUUACCACAGUGCUGCCCACUGACAUAGGUGUCUAUCGUUGCACAGCUGAAAACAGCAGCGGCAUCGCAGCUACUAAGGCUGAACUCAGGGUUGACAUGUCUUGCAGCUCAGAUUAUGACACUGCUGCUGACGCCACUGAGACAUCUUCCUAUGUCAGUGCCAAGGGCUACAUGUCCAGGGAAACUGAGACAUUUGAGUCGGUGGCUGAAGAUGAUCAGCUACCACAAGUCGUGGAUGAGCUUCAUGAUGUUCAUGUCAGUCCAGGUUCACCUAUUGCUAAGAUGCAGCUUAAAAUAAAGGGCUUCCCCAAACCCAGAGUAUACUGGUUCAAAGAUGGCCACCCUCUGCGACCUUCAAAAAGGAUUCUGUUGCUAGCACAGAGAGAUGUUCAUGGAGUGGAGAUCCUGGAGGUGAAGAAAGAAGAUAUGGGAGAGUACUCUGCUUACAUCAGCAAUGUAGCUGGUUCUGCUUACUCCUCUGCCCGCCUGAUAGUUCUGAAUCCAGGGGAGAUGAUGCCACAAGAUAAACGAGACCCCAAGGUGCCUCUGGUGCCACCCCGCUUCAUUGAAAGGUUCAGCAACAGAAAGGUGAAACAAGGAGCCAGCAUCACUCUUUCUGUCAAAGUAGAAGGAUCUCCUCCUCCUAUGGUCUCCUGGCUAAAGGAAGAAUCAAUGGAAGAUGUCCUGUGGAUCAAGCCUGAUACUAAGGGAUACAAAAUAGCAAGCUCUGGGCGCCAGCACAGCCUCAUCUUGAUGGACGUGGGCACAGAAUACACUGGCACAUACACCUGCAUUGCCACAAAUAGAGCAGGACAGUCCAUCUGCACUGCCCACCUUGAGGUUGAUGACAUACCACAACCAAAAAAAGAGACCAAAGCCUCAGAGGUUCUUGGAAUUACAGUUAGUCCCCCAGAAGAGGAAGCUGGCAGAGGAAAAGAGGGUAAAAUGCCCUACCUAGGUGAAGUAGGUACAGAGGAAUUCCUCAUGAAACUCACCUCCCAGAUCACUGAAAUGGUAUCAGCAAAGAUUACCCAAGACAGUUUACAGAAUCAGGAAGUGCUCCAGUGGAUGAAAUCUUGGCCCAAAACUACCACUUCAUUACGUGUACCAGGUGUUGACAGUGAUGAAGAGACCAAGACUCCUUCUCCAUCACCUCAUCAUGGUCGCUCUCGUCCUCCCUCUCUCAUUGCUGACUCUUCAUCUGAGUCUGAUGAGGGGGAUGCCAGGGGAGAGAUGUUUGACAUCUAUGUGGCAACGGCUGACUACAACCCCACCAAAGCAAGCAAAGAAUCCAUCUCUCUAAAGGAGGGACAGUAUGUUGAAGUUUUGGACUCAGCUCAUCCACUGAAAUGGUUAGUCAGGACCAAACCCACCAAAACCACACCAUCCCGCCAAGGUUGGGUCUCACCUGCCUACCUGGACAAGAAACUCAAACUCUCUGCUGAUACGAGUGACCUUCCAGAGACAAAUGUAGAGGAGGUGUCUGAGGGUGAAUACAAGAGGAAAUUAUUCCAACUGAUCCAAGACCUGAUAAACGGUGAAUCCCAGUUUGUAAAAGAAGUAGACUUCUUUACAUCCCAUCACAUGAAGCACGCAGACAGCCCUGAUGCACCGCCUGAUGUCAGCAGCCAAAAGGAAGCCAUAUUCAGGAACAUUGAUGAUAUCAAGUACUUCCAUAGCAAGGCAUUCCUCCCAAAGUUGAAUGACUGUGACACAGAUGACGAUGUAGCCAUGUGCUUCCUGAAGAACAAGGACGGCUUCGAGAAGUACCUUCAGUAUCUUGUUGGUCAGAGUCAAGCUGAAUCUGCUGUCAGUGACAAGGCUGUUCACAGCUUCUUUAAGGAGUACACAGAGAAAGUACAAGCCAGUGCAGACCCUGCAGAUCCCCCUGUACGCAGCAUCAACGCCAGCCUCCAACAACCACUGGAGAGGAUUCAGAAGUAUAAGGCCGUCCUCAAGGAGCUCAUCCGAAACAAGGCAAAAAAUGGCCAGAACUGCUGCCUACUGGAAGAAGCUUAUGCCAUGGUGUCUGCACUCCCUCAGCGCUCUGAGAAUACCCAUCAUAUCUCCAUGAUCGAGAACUAUCCCGCUACACUGGAAGUAUUAGGAGAGCCAAUGAGACAGGGACCCUUCCAAGUGUGGGAAGGGGCUCCAGGAAUUAGGACGUCCUCUAGAGGUCACCACCGGCACGUCUUCCUGUUUAAGAACUACUGUAUAAUCUGCAAACCGAAGAGAGACAGCAACACUAAUACACAAGCAUAUGUCUUUAAGAACAUGAUGAAGUUGAAUAACAUUGAUGUGAAUGAGACAGUGGAGGGGGACGACCGUGCUUUUGAGAUCUGGCAUGAACGCGAGGACUCUGUGAGGAAAUACACCUUGCAGGCCCGAACUGUUAACAUCAAGAACUCGUGGCUGAGAGACUUUAGAGAACUGCAGCAGCGAUACAGCAUGCCUGCAUGGAGUCCUCCUGACUUUGAUGAAAUUCUGGCAAACUGCACAGCAGAGCUGGGGCAAACUGUUAAGCUGGCCUGCAAAGCCACUGGAGUACCCAAACCUGCCAUCACUUGGUAUAAGGAUGGACGUACAGUGGAGGCAGAUCCUCAUCACAUCAUCAUUGAGGACCCUGAUGGUUCCUGCACACUGAUCUUGGACAACAUGACAGCAGAUGACUCUGGCCAGUACAUGUGCUUUGCCUCAAGCUCGGCUGGCAAUGCCAGCACUCUUGGCAAGAUCACUGUACAGGUGCCUCCUCGUUUUGUGAAUAAAAUGAGGAAUGCUACAUUUGUUGCUGGUGAGGAUGCUCAGUUCACCUGUGUCAUACAGAGCGCCCCCAACCCCAAGAUCAGGUGGUUCAAGGAUGGCAGGCUGCUGACUGACCAGGAAAAGUAUCAGACCUACAGCGAGCUCCGCAGUGGGGUUCUGGUCUUGGUAAUAAAAAACCUGACAGAGAGAGACCUGGGACACUAUGAGUGCGAGUUGUCCAACCGUCUGGGCAGCGCCAAGUGUGCUGCGGAUUUAGUUCCACCCUCUGCUGUGGCUCGCACUGGUGAGCAGGCCAUCACUAUUGAAGUUACUGAGCAGGAGACUAGAAUACCAAAGAAAACCAUCAUCAUUGAGGAGACUAUAACCACUGUGGUGAAGAACCCACGUAUGAGGAGGCACAAGUCCCCAGGCUUGACUGUUACUGGAGCCCACCGCUCGGAGACCUCCACCCCAGAGUCCCCCACAGCCAGGCCGAGGAGGAUGCCCACUCCAAGAAAGACCACCAUCCCAACCCUCUAUGUUACUGAGCCCCAAGGUGCUGGAGCCCGGGCCAUGGAGAGCAAGCCCAGGUGGGUUGAGGUAGAGGAGGUCAUCGAGUAUAAGGUCAAUAAAUCUCCCAGGCUGCCCAGGAGGAGAGGUAUCUCACCGGCAGGGUCUGAUCGUGCAGCCACUCCUUCCAGACCCAAAAGGUCUCCGCCGGAAAACCCAAACGCUAACAAUUCCAACAACAAGCUGGUAGAGCAGGCCCAGCUGCAGGGAGACGUCAGUAGCCAGCCGCUCUCCUGGGAUGAAGAGGAGGGUAAUGUUCCCUCCCAUUCUGUCUCUGGAGUCACUGGAGAGCCACAUGAGCUUUCAUCUGUCCUCACUCCGGCUAGAGAGGACAGCGAGGACCUGGAUGAUGAACAAACAAUCAUCUUUGAACCCGAUGAUGAAGAUGAUGAUGACCACAACUCACUUGGAAAGCAGGAGCCUAAGAUUCUGACCCAAGGAGGCCGUGUUCUGACCCUCGAAGACUUGGAGGAUUACGUCCCAGAAGAAGGAGAGACUUACGGUUCCUCCAGCACCCACAGCCCUGCUGCGGAAAAGCCCUGUGAGAUUUCUGUGCUCCAGAGGGAGAUCGGCGGGUCCACAAUUGGACAGCCGGUGCUCCUCAACGUGGGGCGGCCUGUCGUGAUCCCGAGGCAUAGGAGCGGCUUCUUCAGCCGCUUCAGGGAUCAUCUCUCCAGCAGCCUUUUCUCAUCUGCUGUCCCCCAAGCCAGCGAAGCCCAGUCCGGGACGGAAAGGCACGUCCCCAUCCAAGUGAGCCACGCAAAACUGGAAGUGAAGCCUUCCUACUGCUCAGAGGUGCAGAGAGUUGAGGGUGGGCAGCGGAGCUUCAAAACCAAAGUGUCAACUCAGACCUACGGCUACACGUCAGUGGGCAACCCAGUCACUCUUCAAAUUAGUGAUAACCUUUAUCAGAACCAAUAGUAACAACUUACAAAGUAUAGUUUAAUGUGGUACCACAAACCCUCUUAGUCUUAAAUGGGGACAUUUCUACUUACUAAGACAUAUCCUAACCUGAAGUAUAUUAACUGCAUUUGACAAACCAUUCCAUUUUGAAGCUGCCUUUCAGAAAAUAGGCUCGUCCUUUGAGUCUUUUUCUUGACAAAUGGUUAUAGUCAGAUGGCCUCUUUAGACUAGGCGAGUUGGAAAAUAUAAAAUAAAAGUAUAAAUAUAUCACUGCAAGCACGUAAUAGUCCCAACCUGGUCUGUUACACUCGCUUUAUGACAUAUGGAGAAUGUGUUGUACAAAAUACAUUACGUUUGACAUUUUACUAAAGAACAAUUUUGUCAUCUUUUGUUGAGGUAAAUUCUAUUUUGAAAAAACUACAUCACGUUUCACCUCAACACACCUUCACAAAAUCAUGAACCUUGACCCACCAAUAUUAACUGAUCCAGGCAUUAUCCUCAGUGAUGACUUCUGCUAUAUACA